AUGGCCGCUGCAACAACCAGGGCCUUCCACGAGGCGCGGAUAGAGCAGGCUUUCGAGCGCUUUUGGUCUCAAUUCUGGGCUACAGUGGCCCAAAGAGCAGAGAGUGCAACUACAGCAAGCUCCACACUGACAAACCCUAGAAGUGUCCUCAACCCACAGCCUGCUUUACAUGGCCGAGACAAGGCUCCGAAAGCAAAAAGGAGGAGGAAGAAGAAGCGGAGAGCACCUCAAUCCCAGAAGCUAAGCACUGCCGGCAGCCUCUUCUUACCUAAGCCUCAACCCAAACAGGGUCGACCUCGCUCGCAGGGUUCAACCCCUCGACCAGUGCAGGCUCUCUCAAAGGCCAGGGGCCGGACGGGAACCAUACCCACGCGUGGAAUUGCUGCCGGGUGCCUGAGUUUCCUUUGCUGCAAGACAGCCCUGCAGUCCAUACAGUACGAACCUGUGAACGGGACAAUUAUCCUCUAUGAUCUCCCAGUGUACACCGUAAGCUUGCCGAUUAGCGGAGUAGGCUGA